AUGGUAACGAAUAUCAAUAAAUUUUCCUCUAUAAUUAUUGUUGUCUGUCUUACGACUAAUUUCGCAAGAAAUGUAGAAAAAUGGGAGAUCGAUUCCUUCAGGCGUGACGUUAAAGAAAUGUUUUAUCAUGGAUACGACAAUUAUCUUCGACAUGCUUAUCCCUAUGAUGAACUUAAACCAUUAUCAUGUCAAGGAAUGAAUACUUGGGGAAGCUUUUCUCUAACGUUAAUCGACUCGUUGGAUACACUACUUAUAAUGGGAAACAAGACAGAAUUUGCAAGAGUAGUAAAAAUAUUGAUCGACACCGCUAACUUUGAUAUCGAUAUCAAUGUAUCUGUUUUUGAAACAAACAUAAGAAUUGUUGGCGGCUUGCUCUCUGCACAUUUGCUUUCUCAUAAGGCUGGUCUUGAAUUAGAAGAUAAUUGGCCUUGUGAUGGCCCACUGUUAAGACUUGCUGUAGAUGUUGCCGAUCGAUUAUUACCUGCGUUCGAUACCCGCACCAAUUUGCCUUAUGGUACUAUUAAUCUCAGGCAUGGAGUUCCUAAAGGUGAAACCACUAUUACUAGUACUGCGACAUGCGGUACCCUAAUUGUUGAAUUUGGAACGCUAUCGUUACUGACAGGUGUUUCGAAAUACAAAGAUGCAGCAAUGAAAUCUAUUCUUGCUCUAUGGGAGAAAAAGUCUGCGAUUGGACUAGUUGGUAAUCAUAUUGACUCUAAUAGUGGAUCUUGGACUGCUAAAGAAUCUGGGAUUGGAGGAGGCAUAGAUUCCUAUUUUGAAUACUUGGUUAAAGGUAGCUUACUAAAUGAUGAUCCCGAGCUAAUGGAUAUGUUUAAAGAGUAUAACAAAGCGAUUUAUAAAUAUCUUAACUAUGCUGAUUGGUAUGUUUGGGCGGAUAUGAUGAGAGGAAAUGUAGUCAUACCUAUUUUUCAGUCACUUGACGCUUUUUGGCCAGGGAUUCAGGUAUUAGUCGGAAAUAUAACACAAGCUGCUAAGACUUUUCGAAAUUAUUAUUCUGUUUGGAGACGGUUGGGUUUUAUCCCAGAGUCGUACGCUAUUACAGAUAAUAUGCCAUACAGUAACAGGAACGAAUAUCCUCUUCGUCCUGAACUGAUUGAAAGCGCUUGGUAUUUAUACAUUGCUACAAAAGACCCUAUCUAUUUGGAAGCUGGUAUGGAAAUAACGAAGUCAAUUAAUAGAACCCGUACGAAAUGUGGUUUUGCUACGGUAAAAAAUGUGAUGAAUCACGAACUUGAAGAUAGGAUGGAAUCUUUCUUUUUGGCUGAAACAACUAAGUAUCUGUAUUUACUAUUUGAUACCGAGAAUUUUAUCAACAACGACGGAAAAUUUGGCGUAACAUAUAAAUCUAAAAAUGGUAAAAGUUGUAUUCUCGACAGUGGAAGUUACAUUUUUAAUACUGAAGCUCAUCCGAUUGAUAAAGGUGCAUUUGACUGUUGCCACAGUCUUGAUUCCAAAAAAUUCUCUAAAUUAUCUGCUUUAAAAUGUGAAGCCAAUACCUUCCGAAGCCGAUUGUCCACUGCUAGUGCAAUAAUUUAG